CACUCGAAUCGCAAGGCUGAACUCACUCUCCUCCCGCGUCGCACCGCCAUCCUGCAUCCCCCACGCGCCCACACAAUGGCCCAGAUCGACGCCGCUAUGCCCAACGCCCCACUCACACCCAGCGACGACGCCGACGCCGAACUCACAUCCCCCGCAAUAGACUACUCCCCCGCGACAGUGCCCUACAACGAAACCUUCGAAAACGACCUCAUGAACACAAUCUUGCACCCACCCUCCAACGACACACCCAGACCACACACCCACGACGCGCGCAUGGUCUCCGCGAACCAGCUCCCCAUCCCCAUAUCCUCGCAUCUGCGCACGCACGCCUCGCCUGCCCCGGGGCUUUACCUCACACAUCCGAAUGGGUAUCACACGGGGGGUCCGGGGCCGUCGCCGGUGCGCAUCAAGGAGUUUGCCGAGCAGUUUGUGAGGGAGCAUGGGAUUGAGGAUGUGGGGCAGUUGGAGCGCGUUGUUGAGGAAAUGGUGGCGCGUAAGAUGGAGGAGGUUAGGACGAGGAUGCAGGAGCGCGAGAAGGCGGUGGAGAGGAAUAAGGGGGUUGAGCGCGAGUUGGAGGGGCUGAGGUUGCAGAGGAGUGCGGAGUUGAGGGUGCUGGAGAAGCUGAAGGGGAAGAGAUGAGACGAGCUGGGAUGGUAUGAGAUUGUUGGACAUUGGGUUUUUUGGGACUUUGGCGUCUUUGAGAAUGGCAGGAUACGAUGAUACCCCGGGGUUGGAUAGCGUGACUGGGUGGGAAGAGGAGCUUGUUGUCUGAUGAAGUUACUUGGGCUUUCGAGGCGCAUGUUGUAGAGAGGUACAUGUAGGCGUGGAAGACUCGACCGGAUCGGGCUGCACGUCUGUCGGAGCGCAAUACGCAAUGCACUAUGUCGCUCUGCUACCUGUGUUUCGUCUUUUGUGGUCUGUACUGAUUCAGCCUUCGUUACACCUCAUUAGAAGCCUCGCUUAUUCUUUCACAUUCCUAAAAUCGGUAUCAUAGGCAG